UUAGGUUAUGUUUGCACGUCCAUGUUGUCGAUGUUUCAAUGUUUGUUCCAUUUAUAUGCAUAAUUUAAUUAAGAGAGGGUGGUUUUAGGUUUAUUGGUUUACAUUAUUGCAUCAUUAGAUUUACAAAAAAUAAGUUUUAGGUGAAGCACUGACGGCAUAGAUUUUGUACAACACGAUGACAUCUCAAGAGGAAAAUAAGGACACCUCUGGUUCUGAAGAGGAUCAAAUGAAGCAACGGCUGACCGAAGCCGGUUUGUUUGACGAUGACAUGACAUUUAAGCAGAUGAAGGAAAUCAUAGGUGUCCUUGAUGAAUCAGCAAUGUACAUAGGGGAAAAUAAUGUUUAUCAAAAUUCGCAAUCACGAACUCCAUCGGUAUCCCCGCCGAUUCAAGAACCAGUCAAUGUCUCCUCACCGGAAGCUCCAAGUGAAAACAGUACGGAAACCCCCAAGAUGAGCUACUCAAAUGUAGCGAGAAGUAGCAAAUCACCUACGGGAAAUGUGACUCAUAAGAAAAGGAAUAGUGCAGACGGAAAUUCAGCUAUGGAAGCCACCGAGCAUACUUCUCCAAAAGAACAUUCACCCGUACCGAAAGCCGGUUUAACGGACUGGGAGAAAAAAGCACUGAGGCGAAAGAAAUUAUCCAUGGAUCCUCUGAAAAUCGUUCACAACGAAAACGACAUACCUCUUCGUACACCGGAACGCCUAUGUGUUGCCGAGAGCGACCCAUUUAGCUUUUGCAACGAUUUGAAAAAUUCAAAGUACACUCCUAAAGAACUAGUUCAAAAAGUGAGUGACUAUUUGCAAGAGGUUCGAGAUGAGUGGAUCGCUCACACUAGGCCUAAAGCUGAAGAAUCGGAUGAUCAAUGGGGGGCGCCCAUCAAGGUGGGCAGUCGCAACCUUAGUUUGGAUAAAAAGUCGGUGAUGAGGAGUGAACCGGAUGUUGAAGAUCCAGCCAGGGAUCCCCGUGCCAGGGCCAGUAAACGUAAGGCCGCUUCACUUAUUGCCAGCAUUACUAAUGUUUCUGAUAGCGACCUCGAGCCAGAUGAUGAUGAAUCUUUGUUGAAAAAAAGAAAAUCUCAGCAGGAAGGAAGAAUCACCACCGCAGGCGGAAGUGAUGUGCAGAUGUAUGUAGACGACGAUCCCGAAUCUUCCGAAAUGCCCAGUACAUCCUCCUUUUAUUUGGCCAAUCAACAGAAAAUGGAUAGUGAAGAAGAUGACAUUUUCGAACCUUCCGUCAAGAGUAAAUCACCUGAACCUUUUGUGCCCAGAAGAAUUAUUCCUCCUAAUCCCGGUACCAACAAAGCGAGGAGAGGAAGAGGCGGUAGAGGAGGAAAGAGCUUCAAAGGACCUCGGUCUAAAAAAUCUUUCGAAAAUGCCAAUAAGACUCCUGAUACAGAAUCUCCACCUGAAAAGAAGUCCUCGCCGCCGGAAAUUGUGUUAGAUAACGAUACAGACGUUUUCGAUUUUGAUGAUGUUUCGAAAGCAACCGAUCUGAAAAUGCUUAAACUUCCAAUGAAAGAGAGGCAGAAACUGGCCCAACAGAAGCUUGAAGACAUGAAAAAUAAAGAGAAACAGCAAAUGGACCAAAAGAAAUCGUAUGAGGAAAUGUGCGAGGAGAGGAGAAAGAAAGAGAGAGAAGAAAUGCUGAGGAAGCGACAGGAGGAGGAGGAAAAGGCGAAAAGGUUGGUCAAAGAAAAGGAGGAGAAGGCGAAUGAAAAAAAGAAAAUGUGGAAUAAGGUCCUCAACCAUAGCGUUAAACAGAAAAAGGAAAAAUCAAAAGGAAUGUCCGAGGAGGAAGUCAGGAGACAGCUGGAGGGCAUUGAAGAUGACGCCGACGUUGUAGUUUGCGAUGAACAGCCAGCAGAUAAUAAUGUAGGUUCAACAUCAGAAAAUCGGGUAUCCUGUCCGAUUUGUAAUAGGCGGUUUCCGGAGAGUGAAAUAGAGAAUCACGCUUCCGAAUGCAACCAAUUUGAUAAUGACGAAGAAGAUACAUCGAUAUCUGUUACUGGUUUUCAUCGAGGAAAAAAUAUAAUUAAGUGUAACGUCUGUGAUGCCUAUGAAACUUAUGAUCCCAAUGACUAUAUCGAACAUACUCAAAUCUGCAUAGAACAAGAUCGACAUCGAAAAGCCUCAAUGUUAAAUUCUGCUUUUGUGCAGAAGUCUACAAUUUUAGAAGACAAAAUGGAAAAUGUUUGCAUUCUGUCCCUGUUACUAAUUGUCUCUUCAAUUAACGCAGAAUCAUUAUUUCUUCAUAAUGGAUGGACUGGAAUCAUAAAAUCUACUGGAAAAGAAUUUCCGGCUACGGUACCUGGUGGAGUCUUUACAGACUUGGAAAAGGCGCAAAUAAUUCCAGAUACUUUGAAAGGAUUUAACGAUGUCAAUAACCGAUGGGUAGCUAACGAAACUCUAACUUACGUUACACACUUUACAGUUGAUAAAACUUUUUUGGAAUCUCCUAAAGUUGCUCUCGUAUUUCACGGACUAGACACUUUUGCAAACAUUUUUGUAAACGGCGAUUUAGUUGGAACGUCUGAAAAUAUGUUUGUAAAGUACGCUUUCGAUGUGAAAAAACACUUAAAGGAGGGUUCAAACAAGUUGGAAGUUUUAUUUGCUUCUCCCCUGAAAAUUUCAAAGAAUUUUUACACAAGGCAGAAACAGUCUUACGAAGUGGUUCCUAAAUGCACUCCAGAGGUGUACAAUGGAGAAUGUCACGUUAAUCACAUCCGAAAGAUGCAAGCCAGUUAUGGCUGGGAUUGGGGCCUAGCCGUACCAUCGAUCGGAAUUUGGAAGGAUGUUGAAUUAAUUCCAGUAACUCAAGCUUAUGUAAAUGAAAUUGCAGUAGACGUUAUAAGGAAAAAGUCUACCUGGGAUAUAAUUGUAGGAAUAUUUUUUGACACCUUGUCCUACGAUAAGAAUGUUUCUAUUGAUGUAGAUAUACAAGUCGUAUUGGAGCUUGAUGAUGGGAAAACUAUUACGAAUUCAAAUAAUAAAACCCGGAUUAAUAUAAAAAAGAAAUACGGGAACACUUCAAUUGUUUUGGAAGUUCCGCAGGAAUCAGUUGAACUAUGGUGGCCAAAUGGAUACGGUGACCAGAAACUCUACAAACUCUCCACCAAAGUCAACAUCCUCAACUACGAAAUAGUCAACGAAAAGAAAAUAGGUUUCAGAACAGUGAAACUCGUCCAAGAUCCUGUCGAUGAGGGGCUAACUUUUUAUUUCCGUGUUAACGGUCUUGCUAUUUUUGCAAAAGGUAGUAACUACAUUCCAGGCAGUAUUUUUCCAGAGCUGAGUACCAGGCUAGAAACAAUUUUACCUUUGUUAACUUCUGUGAAGGAGGCAAAUAUGAACAUGCUCAGAGUUUGGGGCGGUGGAAUGUACGAAUCAGAUCUCUUUUACGAAUUGGCCGACAAAUUAGGAAUUUUGAUCUGGCAGGACUUUAUGUUUGCCUGCAGUAUGUAUCCAUCCGCAGAAUGGUUUUUGAGAACAGUGAAGGAUGAAGUCGUGCAAAAUGUGCUGAGACUCAAAUACCACCCGAGCAUUGCUCUUUGGGCUGGAAGCAACGAGAAUCAAGUGGCUCUAUAUGGAAAUUGGUACGGAACCAAUGAUGAGCAAGUGUACAAGGACGAUUUUAUUAAAUUGUACGUUGACCUCAUUAAAACUGAAGUCGAGAAAUUGGACCCUACCAGAGCUUAUAUUGUAUCCAGUCCUGGAAAUGGAUUAUAUGAUGAUAAAAAUGGAUACUUUAAUGUAAACCCACAAUCGAAUGCAAUGGGAGAUGUUCACUAUUACAACUACGGUUCAAAUGGUUGGGAUAUAAAUCAGUAUCCUACAAUCAGAUUUUCAUCAGAAUACGGUUUCCAGUCGUGGCCUUCGCUAAAAACUCUAAAAACCGCUGCGGAACAUGAAGAUGAUUUAAAAAUAGAAAGUGCAUUUUUAAAACAUCGCCAACAUUUGCCAGAUGGUGAUAAUAUCAUGAAACUUCUUAUUGAAAAGAAUUUCAUCAUUCCAGAAAGUAAUAGCUCUCUAAGAGAUUUGGAAGACUUUAUCUAUUUAAGUCAAAUUAAUCAGGCAGUUUCGAUAAAGAUGGAAACUGAGUCAUACAGACAGGGAAAAAGUUUUCUAAAUUCUUUGGGCGAAGGUUACACCAGGGGAGCUCUUUAUUGGCAAUUAAAUGAUGUUUGGCAAGGAGCUUCUUGGUCUUCAAUUGAAUUUGGAGGUUCUUGGAAGAUGCUGCAUUACUACGCUAAAAAUUUCUUCGCUCCAGUAAUUGUGACUUCACGUUUAUCUGAAGCCCGAGAACUCACGAUUUAUGUCAUUUCCGAUUUACACCGUAAUUUGAACGACCUUUCUGUUACGUUAAACAUUUAUAAAUGGGGUUCGCCAGUUCCAUUGUUUGUUCAGAACUUCACCAACAUUGCGGUUAAAUCUGACGAAGCGAAAGCAGUAAAAAAGCUGUGGUUAGAUGACUUUAUGAGAACAGCCGGAUGUGGAUCACUAGCUUUGGCUCGGAAAAAUUGCCUGGCAGAAAUUUUACUAAAAAACGACACAGAGAAUAAAGUUAUUAGUGAAAAUUACGUAUACCCUACUCCUCUAAAAUCCGUUUCUCUACCAACCGCUAAAGUCACUAUGAACGUGAACCCAACACCUUUGCCUGGGAAAAUAGCAAACUAUUUGGAUUAUGAGAUCGAAUUCACAUCGGACAAAAUUGCUUUAUUUGUAUGGUUAGAUGCUGGAUCGAUCAGCGGAAGGUUUUCAGAAAAUGGUUUUCAUAUUCUGCAGGGAAAAAAGACAAUCAUUUUACACACAAUGGAAGCUACAACUCCGAAAGAAAUAAGGAAAAAUGUUAAUUUUAAAACACUUUCCGAUGUUUACAGUUCAGCGAAAACAGAAACUAUUUUUUAUAUGAAAAAAUGAGUAACAAAAUAAUUUCUGAUCGUCUAGUACAUCUUGGACGAUGUCAUUUUUGUUU